CGAACCUGGUAGGUGCAUGCAGGAGUUGUUUGGUCGGAACUUCCCACUUUCUGGGUUCAUGGUACCGAGUGGAGUGCCCUAGGUUGGUUUGAGGCAUUGUCCAUCAUCCCUCGAUCCUCCGCCUUGCUUCGCCCUGUCUUUCCCUUUUCAUACACUAUUCCUGGUUUGCCUUGGGCCAUUCGUUCAUUGAGUGUAUCAUUGGCAACACCUUUUCGGACGCUUCCUUUUCCUACAUUUUGUCAAGCAUGCGUGAAUGUAUUUCCGUCCAUAUUGGCCAGGCGGGUUGCCAAAUUGGCAAUGCCUGUUGGGAGCUCUAUUGCUUGGAACAUGGGAUCCAACCCGAUGGCCAAAUGCCAUCGGACAAGACUCUUGGGGCUGGAGAUGACUCUUUUAACACUUUCUUCUCUGAAACUGGAGCAGGAAAGCACGUUCCUCGAGCCGUCUUCGUGGAUCUGGAGCCCACCGUUGUGGACGAGGUUCGAACUGGAACCUAUCGGCAAUUGUUCCACCCCGAGCAGCUCAUCACCGGCAAGGAAGAUGCAGCCAAUAACUAUGCCCGAGGCCAUUACACCAUUGGUAAGGAGAUCGUGGAUCUGGUUUUGGAUCGGAUCCGGAAAUUGGCCGACCAAUGCACUGGACUCCAGGGGUUCCUCAUCUUUCAUUCCUUCGGCGGUGGAACUGGAUCGGGGUUCACCUCACUACUCAUGGAAAGACUCUCGGUGGAUUACGGAAAGAAAUCCAAGCUUGAGUUUUCGAUCUAUCCAGCCCCCCAAGUAUCUACUGCCGUGGUCGAACCCUACAAUUCCAUUUUGACCACCCAUACCACUUUGGAACACUCGGAUUGUGCCUUCAUGGUGGACAAUGAGGCCAUCUAUGACAUUUGUCGUCGAAACCUGGACAUCGAUCGACCCACUUACACUAAUUUGAACCGACUUAUCGGCCAGAUUGUGUCCUCCAUCACCGCGUCUCUUCGCUUCGAUGGAGCUCUCAAUGUGGACCUGACUGAGUUUCAGACGAAUCUGGUUCCUUACCCGAGGAUUCAUUUCCCAUUGGCCGUGUAUGCGCCGGUCAUUUCGGCCGAAAAGGCCUAUCACGAGCAACUGACGGUGGCCGAGAUCACCAAUGCCUGUUUCGAGCCCGCCAACCAAAUGGUCAAGUGCGACCCUCGCCACGGGAAGUACAUGGCGUGCUGUAUGCUAUACAGAGGUGACGUUGUUCCCAAAGACGUCAAUGCAGCUAUUGCCCAAAUCAAGACAAAGCGGACCAUCCAAUUUGUCGACUGGUGUCCCACAGGGUUCAAGGUUGGCAUCAAUUAUCAACCGCCCACCGUGGUGCCUGGCGGAGACCUGGCCAAAGUGCCCCGAUGCGUCUGCAUGCUGUCCAAUACCACGGCCAUUGCUGAAGCCUGGGCCCGUUUAGAUCAUAAGUUUGAUCUCAUGUAUGCCAAGAGAGCUUUUGUUCAUUGGUAUGUCGGAGAGGGAAUGGAGGAGGGCGAGUUCUCUGAAGCCAGAGAAGAUUUGGCAGCACUGGAAAAGGACUAUGAGGAGGUUGGCAUUGAUUCCUUGGAAGGCGAAGGCGAUGAAGAAGGCGAAUAUUAAGCAAUAACGACUUGAAUGACAUUCCUGUGGAGCAAACAAUGAAUCUUGCGUGCUUUAUUUCCUGCAUACUUCUAAAACAGAUUUCGAGCACUCUAUCUUACAACAUAACUACACUUCUCCUUCCAUCAAGUACAAAACACGUAAUCCUAAUCAAAUAAACGAACCUGAGGACCUUUUUAAAAAUUUCGCCAUUUCUAUCUUGCGAUUCACAAUUUGAAAUGAUUUCCUGUCAUCGGGUCUCUGUUCUUAUAUUCACAAAGCUAACAACAUUUAGUUUGGCACAAGGCCUUCUUUGAUCAGAUUAACAUUCGUAAGCAUGUCGCUUAAAUCAAAGUAUUCCAUUUGGCUGGGAUCAUGUAAUAAACUUAUAUUCAGAGAUGAUAUCAAACCAAGUCACGGUUUCGAUUUGGUCCUGUUUUUUUCGAUGGACCAAGCAUUCUAUAACUAAUAUGUAAUGAAAGCUAACUAUAAAAUAAACAUUGGUCAAAGGUU